CCGAAUUUGGGGGACACUUUCUCUUUUCGUCAUUCCGCACUUUCUUUCUCUUCGACAUUCUCAUCCUCACCACACCCCCAUAAUCACCAUGCCUCGCAAGUUCAUCGUCGGUGGAAACUUCAAGCUCAACGGCUCCGAGUCGUCUUUGAAGACCUUGGUUGAGGGUCUCAACAAGGGCGACCUCGACAGCAACGUCGAGAUCGUUGUCUCCCCUCCCUUCGUCUACCUUGACCAGGUUCGCAAGUCCGUCCGCAAGGAUGUCGCUGUUGCUGGCCAGAACUGCUACUCCAAAGCCAGCGGUGCAUACACCGGUGAAGUCGCCGCUGAGAUGCUCAAGGACAUCGGCAUCGAGUGGGUCAUUCUCGGCCACUCUGAACGUCGCGAGAUCUUCAAGGAGACUGACGAGGAGAUCGGCCAGAAGGUUGCCCACGCCUUGCAGGCUGGUCUCAAGGUCAUGGCCUGCGUUGGUGAGAAGCUGGAGGAGCGUGAGUCCAACAAGACGACCGAAGUUGUCUUCCGUCAGUUGGCGGCCAUUGCCAAGCACGUGUCGGACUGGACUAACGUCGUCAUUGCCUAUGAGCCCGUCUGGGCCAUCGGUACCGGCAAGGUCGCCACCCCUGACCAGGCCCAGGAGGUCCACAAGGCCAUCCGUGGAUGGUUGAAGGAGAAGGUCUCUGCCGACGUUGCCGAAGCCACCCGCAUCAUGUACGGAGGCUCUGUUAACGGUGGCAACGCUGCUACACUCGCUAAGGAGGAGGACGUCGAUGGUUUCUUGGUUGGUGGUGCCUCGCUUAAGCCCGAGUUCGUCACCAUCUGCAACGCCAAGGCCAAGAUGUAAAGCAGCUUAUCGCGUAGUCGUUCGUUAGUCAACGCCUUAUUUUUUUUGUCCACAAAUCCACUAUCAAAGUAUCUCACUUGUAUAUAAAGUAUCCUAAACCCAA